CUGGUUCAUUUGUGGCUUUAGGAGUCGGGAAUUUUGUGCUAGACGGGUGACUUUGUCCCCGAGCAGUUAGGGUUUCUCAGACUUGAUCUGUGCUGCUUUCUGAGGUUUUAUUUUCUUUAAAUCUACGAACAAAUAUGGAGGAAAAAGUAGCUGAAAAUGCAUUUCUGGACUAUGCUAGUUUUCAUGUAUCUUGGCCGCGUAACAGUUAUGAAGCGCUUAUUUGUAGCAACGGUGUUAUAGAGAAGUUAGAUAGUGGUCCUCUCGAUCAGCUGGCUAUGCAUUUACCUGAAGUAAGAGCAUCUCGUUCAAACCCAUUAGAUGGCAGUUUCAAACUGCAGCUUGAUCCAAGCAAUGAAUUUUCAUCAUGGUUCAGCAAAUUUACACUAACAAGUUUUUUGCAUGUUGUCAAAGUGCCCAAUGUGCUAAAGUUUGCCAAUGAAAUUGUGAAUGAAAUUUGUCAUUUGGAGGAAACCCGGAGGUUUCACAUUGCUCUAUAUGCAAAGGGCAAUUCAAAUCAUUAUGGAGGGGGGACCACAGAAGUGAGCUACUUAGAUGAUGCGGGUCUAACACAGCAAGUCAAAGUUGACGCCGCUUCAUCAGAUGCUACGAAGAAUGAUUUGCUGCGGGCUUUGGACUUGAGACUGACUGCUUUGAAGGAAGAGUUAGUUGCAUCGUUCAACCUUGCUCCUGGUGCUACUUGCUGUGCCAACCAAGUUCGUGAUUUACAAUCAUUUGCCCAGCAUUUUGGGGCAGUGCAAUUAAGCAACUUAUUGUUGAAGUUGUUGGAGCUGUGCCCAAAUAACCUGCAUUUUGACACUGCAAUGAAGCAGCAGACAACAUCGUUAUCCUAUCCAGAACGUAUUAACCAAACAUCUAUAGGAAGUUUUUCCCUCCUUAGUGCAAAACUCGAUGUAGUUAAACCCGCAGCUGGUGUUUCCCCUGUCAAAGUUGCCCAAGCUGAGCGACAGAACUCAUCAGACACUGAGGAUUCCUCAGAUUCAAGUGAUAAAGAUAACCCCAGUGGUGACAGAUGUCGACCGGUUUUAAGAUCCGUGGCACCUAGAAGAUCCGCUUCACCAAUGCGGCGGAUACAGAUAGGUAGAUCUGGUUCUCGCAGGUCCACUGCUAUUGCCAUUAAGAGCCUCAAUUACUUUCCAGACAGAGAAAAAACUAUGUCAAAUAGAGAUGCUGAUCUCGUUACUGUUGAUAAUGAAAUGGAACAUCUACCAAAGAAGCCAGAAAAUAAUGCGACCAGAAUGAGUGUUCAAGAUGCUAUUAGUCUCUUUGAGCGCAAACAAAAGGUUGAAAAUGCAGAUAUUCAAAAUAGGAAAACUUCAGACUUAUCCAUUAGUGCCAACAAAACUGUUUUGAGAAGGUGGAGUGGUGGAAUGGGUGGCUCCUUCAAUUAUUCAACGCAGGAAAUAACAUCAGAUUCUUGUCAGAAAAAUGGUUCUGGUAACUUGGAGCAUGAAGCAGAGAAAAAAGAGGACGAGUUGAAGGCCAAGUCUUCAAAUCCAGAAAAUGUUCAAGUUGUUUUGUCUGCAGAAGUUGUCCAGAAGGAACCACUGCAAGGUGAUACUUCUGCUGCUGAACCGUUUACCUCUGAAGUUGAAGAUUGUACCUCGGCUGAAUUGAAUCAGCAACAGGAGGCAGAACUGAAUGAGAUGGUUAUGAAAGUGUUGGAGAGCAGCAGGCCUAGUAAAUGCCAUGGUUCCGAAAUCGGUAAUGAUGGGUUGAUGGAUACAUCUAUAGAUCAAAGGGGGGGAUUUUACUGUCAAUACAGGGAGAAAAGGGAUGAGAAACUUCGAGCUGAGAAUGCUAGAAACCAUGCAGUAAAACAAGAACAAUUUAAGGUGAUGCAAGAAACACUGGAACAGAACAAAGCAGCUAUGGCAUCCAAAACCAUUAAGGCUGCGGUGAAGCCAGAACCUGCAAAACUCCUUCAAAAACCAAGGAGAAAUUCUUCUCCACCGGUCCUGUUGAAGAAGGAACUUUCUAGGCCAACCGGUGCAAAGAAUGGCUCACCUAAAUUAUCUUCUCCAAAAACUGGUAGCGCUUUGCCUUCAGGACCUCUGAAGAGAAAGGGUGGAACACCAUCAGCUAAAACCUCUCCUGUGGUAUCUUCUAGCAGCAUGCCAAGCCGCCAAAGACCCCAUCCAUCAAAUUCUCCUCGUCAGCCAAGUCCCACGUCUGAGAAACCACUGGGACGUGCGAAAGGAAAUAAGAGUGAUAGAAGUCUCCAAACCUUUGCUAAGCCAAGCAUGAAAGGGCAAGAAGAUAAACAACUGAAAGCAGUAGCCAAAAACAGCAAAGCUGGGAAACCAAAAAGUCCAUUAUCUGGGGAAGAUUGUGGUGAAUUAUCUAAACCAACUGUUCCCAACAAGCACACAAAGAAAAGCAGUGUAGUUCCUGUGGAAUCAAAGCCCUUCUUGAGAAAAAGUUCUGGAAUCAGUCCUGGUAUUGGGCUUCCAGUUGCUAAAGCGAAGGAUGCUAGGGUUGAGAAGAUGGGCGAUUCUUCAAAAAGCAGCGUAAAUCUCAUACACCCGGAAGAAAAUGAGCCCAAUACAACACCGGUUGUGUCAACCAUUAAGGUAAUGGAGGAUGAUCUUAUUCAACCAACAACUGUGGUUGAUGUAACUUUCACAGCUCCACUAGAUAAUGAUAUAUAUAUUGAAACCGCAGAGAAUGUAGAUGGGAGUGUAACAGGACCUGACAAUGAAAUCGAGAACUCGGUGGAUCAUUUUAUUGCAGAGGUCCAACGUGAUGAGGAUUUGGGUAUCUCAUCAGCUGCGUGGGUGGAAACAGAACACCAUGAAUAUUCUCCAUCUUUUAACAACGGGCUGCAUGGAGUUUCUCCCAUGAUUGGUCCGGUUGUGUCAUCAAAUUCACGUGUUCGCCAUUCAUUGUCACAAAUGCUGCAGGCUGAGAAUGGCGAACCAGAAAUAAUUGAAUGGGGAAAUGCUGAGAAUCCUCCUUCCUUGGUGUAUCAAAAGGAUGCCCCAAAGGGAUUAAAAAGACUGUUAAAGUUUGCACGGAAGAGUAAAGGCGAGGCAAAUUCAACUGGCUGGUCUAGUCCUUCAGUCUUCUCUGAAGGAGAGGAAGAACAUGAAGAAUCUAAAGCAGCCAGUAAGACCAAAGAAGCUCUUUUGCGGAAGGCUUCCCUUCAAACCAUGGGACACGAGCAGCCAAGAAGCGGGGUUAGUGAAAGUGUAGAUGGUGGGAAUUCUAGCAAAAGGGCUAUUGACUACAGGAUUGUCCAUGACGUUUCAACUGGUUCCCUAGGGUCUGAUAAACCUCGUGUUGGCCAUAUUUCAACAGGAGGCGCAGCAGCAGCAGCAGCAGCAGCAGCAGCAACAACAACAGCAACAAAAGCGACUCGGUCAUUCUUCUCAUUAUCUUCAUUUAGGAGCAGCAAAUCAAAUGCGAAGAAAGCUUGAUAGAUUUCAAUAUUGUUCAAUUUCAUCAUCUGAAAUCAAAUGAGCAUGGAUUUCGUACAGACGUACAGAUUUAGUAAAUAUGCCGUACCUUUUUUUUUAAAAUUUUUAUUUUUAAGUGUAAAUUUUAUAACACAAUUACAGAGCUAU